AUGGUGAUGAAACCUGAAGUCGAACAGGAAUUGGCUCAUGUGCUGCUGACAGAGCUGUUGGCGUACCAGUUUGCGUCUCCAGUGAGAUGGAUCGAGACUCAGGACGUCUUUUUGAAAGAUUUCAACACUGAAAGAGUCGUCGAGAUUGGCCCAUCCCCCACUUUGGCUGGGAUGGCUCAGAGAACUCUGAAGAACAAGUACGAGUCCUACGACGCUGCUUUGUCCCUGCAGAGACAGGUUUUGUGCUACUCAAAGGACGCUAAGGAGAUUUACUACACUCCGGAUCCAUCCGAUUUGGCUCCCGCUGCUGCAGAGGCUAAACCAGCCGCUGAGGCUCCUGUGGCGGCUGCGACGGCACCUGCUCCCCUGCCCCCGCUGCUGCUGCGCCUGCCCCAGUUCGCCGCCGCCCCAGCCGCUGCUGCUGCGGAGAUUUCAGAUGCUCCAGUAACCGCCGCGCUACUACUGCAAUCUCUGAUUGCCCACAAGUUGAAGAAACCUUUGGAUUCCGUCUCCAUGUCGAAGACUAUCAAGGACCUCGUUGGUGGUAAAUCUACCGUUCAAAACGAAAUCCUUGGUGAUCUGGGGAACGAAUUCGGUGCUACACCUGAAAAGCCAGAAGAAGUACCUCUAGAGGAAUUGGCAGAGACUUUCCAAGAUACUUUCAGUGGAUCUUUGGGGAAACACUCCUCGUCUUUGAUCUCAAGAUUGAUGUCCUCCAAGAUGCCCGGUGGGUUCACCAUCACCGUGGCCAGAAAGUACUUACAGUCCCGUUGGGGGCUUGGUGCUGGUAGACAGGACGGUGUAUUGCUUGUUGCGUUGACCAAUGAACCAACGGGCCGUCUUGGCUCCGAGGGAGACGCCAAAGCGUUUUUGGACGAACAGACGAAGAAAUGCGUCUGUCGUAUCCGUGGACUUGUCUGCCGCAUCUGCAGGUUCAGCUGCAGCUGGUGGCGCCGCUGGUGGCGCAGGUGCUGUCGCUAUCGAUUCUGCCGCUUGGAUGAAUUGACAAAGGACCACAAAGUGCUCGCUCGUCAACAGUUGCAAGUGCUCGCAAGGUACUUGAAGAUGGACUUGAACAACGGGGAAAGAAAACUUUUGAAGGAGAAGGAUGCAGUCGCUGAAUUGCAAUCGCAAUUGGAUUUCAUCACUGCGGAACUCGGAGAAUUCUACGUGGGGGCCAUUAACACCCAGUUUUCAAGGAAAAAGGCUAGAGUGUUUGACUCCUCUUGGAACUGGGCCAAACAGUCACUGCUACAGUUGUACUUCGAGAUCAUUCACGGUGUUUUGAAAAACGUCGACAGAGAAGUUGUCAGUGAGGCUAUCAAUAUCAUGAACAGAUCCAACGAGGCGCUGAUUAGGUUCAUGGAGUACCACAUCAAAAACACAGACACAUCUCAAGGUGAAAACUACCAACUGGCAAAGUCCCUCGGUGAACAGUUGAUUGAAAACUGUAAAGAGGUUAUCAAUGUCGAUCCAGUCUUCAGAGACAUUUCCAAACCAACUGGUCCAACGACCGUUAUUGACAAGAACGGUAACAUCAAAUACACCGAGGAACCAAGAGAGAAGGUUAGAAAAUUUUCCCAGUACGUGCAGGAAAUGGCGCUUGGUGGUCCAUUGACCAAAGAGACUCAACCUACGAUCGAGGAGGAUUUGACUCGUGUGUAUAGGGCCAUUAGCGCUCAAACGUCCACUCACGACAUUUCUGACUCCACAAAGCUCGAAUUCGAGAAGUUGUACGGUGAAUUGAUGCAAUUCUUGUCCAACUCGAAGGAAAUCGACUCCACACAGACCACCCAACUGGCGGGGGAGAUCGAUGACGCGUUGGAUAAGGACUCCACCAAGGAGAUCGCCUCCUUGCCUAACAAGUCGAAGAUCACCAACUCAAUCUCUUCAACCAUUCCAAGAGAGACUGUGCCCUUCCUACACAUCAAGAAGAAGCUACCAGAUGGCAGUUGGAAAUACGAUCGUAACUCUUCCAGGGCUUUCUUGGACGGGUUGGAGAAGUCUGCCAUCAACGGUAUCACUUUCAAGGACAAAUAUGUUCUGGUGACUGGUGCAGGGCAAGCCUCCAUCGCUGGGAAUAUUCUAAGAGGCUUACUGCAAGGUGGUGCUAAAGUUGUUUGUACAACCUUCGCCUUCAGUAAGACGACCUUGGACUACUUCCAAUCCUUGUACGCCCAAUAUGGUGCUAAGGGUUCUACUCUGGUUGUCGUUCCCUUUAACCAAGGUUCUAAGCAAGAUUGUGAAACUUUGGUCGACUACAUCUACGAUGACGAGAAGAAUGGCGGUCUAGGCUGGGAUCUGGAUGUCAUAAUCCCAUUCGCAGCAAUUCCUGAAAACGGUAUCGAACUGGAGAACAUCGACUCCAAGUCCGAGUUUGCCCACAGAAUCAUGUUGACCAACAUCUACAGAAUUAUGGGUUUCGUCAAGAAGCAGAAAUCUGCCAGGGAUAUUGAGACCAGACCUGCGCAAGUUAUCUUGCCAAUGUCUCCUAACCAUGGUACUUUUGGUGGUGACGGUUUGUAUUCUGAAUCUAAACUGUCCCUGGAGACUUUGUUUAACAGAUGGCAUUCUGAGUCCUGGGGUAACCAGUUGACUGUAUGCGGUGCUAUUAUUGGUUGGACCAGAGGUACUGGUUUGAUGAAUGCCAACAACAUUAUUGCCGAGGGCAUCGAAAAGAUGGGUGUCCGCACUUUCUCUCAACAAGAGAUGGCUUUCAAUCUGUUAGGUUUGUUGAGCCCAGAAGUGACCGAAUUGUGUCAAAGAGCACCAGUCAUGGCCGAUUUGAACGGUGGUUUGCAAUACCUGACUGAUUUGAAGGAGUUCACUAGAAAGCUACGUAAUGACUUGACUGAAACUUCCGAAAUCAGAAAGGCUGUUUCCAUUGAAACUGCCUUAGAACACAAGGUGGUCAACGGUGAUAAAGCUGAUGCUGCUUACACGGAAGUUGAAGUCCAACCAAGAGCAAACAUCCAGUUGAACUUCCCAACAUUGAAACCUCACAGUGAAAUCAAGAACUUCGCUGCUCCAGAGUUGGAGGGAAUGCUAGAUUUGGAGAAAGUCAUUGUUGUCACCGGUUUUGCUGAAGUUGGCCCAUGGGGUUCUUCCAGAACCAGAUGGCAGAUGGAGGCCUUUGGAGAAUUUUCCUUAGAAGGUUGUGUUGAGAUGGCUUGGAUGAUGAACCUGAUCAAGUACCACAACGGUAACUUGAAGGGUCGUCCAUACACCGGUUGGGUUGACGCCAAGACCAACGAGCCAGUCGAAGACAAGGACAUCAAGGCCAAAUACGAGGGCUACAUCCUAGACCACGCCGGUAUCAGAUUGAUUGAACCAGAGUUGUUCAACGGUUACGAUCCAAAGAAGAAGCACAUGAUUCAGGAAAUCAUCGUUGAAGAUGACAUGGAACCAUUUGAAGCUUCAAAGGAAACCGCGGAACAGUUCAAGCACGAACAUGGUGAUAAAGUUGACAUCUUUGAAAUCCCUGAAUCCGGUGAGUAUUCUGUUAAAUUGCUGAAGGGUGCCACGUUGUACAUUCCAAAGGCUUUGAGAUUUGACCGUUUGGUUGCUGGUCAAAUUCCAACUGGUUGGAAUGCCAAGACUUACGGUAUCUCUGACGACACUAUUUCCCAAGUUGACCCUAUUACUUUGUUUGUUUUGGUUUCUGUUGUCGAAGCCUUCAUUUCUGCCGGUAUUACUGACCCAUACGAAAUGUACGAGUACGUCCAUGUAUCUGAAGUCGGUAACUGUUCCGGUUCCGGUAUGGGUGGUGUAUCUGCUUUGCGUGGUAUGUUCAAGGACCGCUACAAGGAUGAAGCAGUUCAAAACGAUAUUCUACAAGAAUCUUUCAUCAACACUAUGUCCGCCUGGGUUAACAUGUUGUUGAUCUCGUCUUCAGGUCCAAUCAAGACCCCAGUCGGUGCUUGUGCCACUGCUGUUGAAUCCGUCGACAUUGGUGUUGAGACAAUCUUAUCUGGUAAAGCUAAGAUUUGUAUUGUCGGUGGUUACGAUGACUUCCAAGAAGAAGGUUCGUACGAGUUCGGUAACAUGAAGGCUACCUCAAACUCUUUGGAAGAAUUUGAACACGGUCGUACUCCAGGUGAAAUGUCCAGACCAGCCACUACCACACGUUCUGGUUUCAUGGAAGCUCAAGGUUCUGGUACUCAGGUAAUCAUGAAUGCGGAUUUGGCUUUGAAGAUGGGUGUUCCAAUUUACGGUAUCGUUGCUCUAACUGCUACUGCUACUGACAAGAUUGGUAGAUCUGUUCCUGCUCCAGGUAAAGGUAUUUUGACCACAGCAAGAGAGCAUCACGGUGACUUGAAGUUUGCCACACCAUUGUUGGACAUCAAGUACAGAAAACGCCAACUGAAGAACCGUGAGCAACAAAUCAGACAAUGGAUUGAGGAUGAGAUUGAGCUGUUGAAGUAUGAGGUCGAUGCUAUCCCAGAGGAAGACAGAGAUGCUUUCUUCUCAGAACGCUCCAAGGAGAUCAACGCAGAGGGUCAAAAACAAUUGAAAUCUGCUCAAGCGCAAUGGGGUAACGAGUUCUACAGGAACUACCCACGUAUUGCUCCUUUGAGAGGUGCGUUGGCUACCUACGGUUUGACUGUUGAUGAUUUGGGUGUUGCGUCCUUCCAUGGUACUUCCACGAAGGCCAAUGAUAAGAAUGAAUCUGCCACCAUCAAUGAGAUGAUGAGACAUUUGGGUAGAUCUGAGGGUAACCCAGUUUUGGGUGUCUUCCAGAAGUUUUUGACUGGUCAUCCAAAGGGUGCUGCCGGUGCAUGGAUGUUAAACGGUGGUCUACAAAUCUUGAACAGUGGUAUUGUUCCAGGUAACCGUAACGCGGACAACAUUGACAAACAAUUGGAGCAAUACGAGUACGUUCUAUAUCCAUCCAAGACUUUGAAGACUGACGGUGUUAAGGCCGUGUCUGUGACGUCUUUCGGGUUCGGUCAAAAGGGUGCUCAAGCCGUUAUUAUCCACCCUGACUACUUGUACGCUACUAUUGAUGAACAAAGAUACCGCAACUACGCUGAGAAGGUCACCAAGAGAGGCAAAGCCGCUUACCAGUACUUCCAUACUGGUAUGACUCAAAACAAACUGUUCGUGAGCAAAGAACACGCUCCAUACACUGAGGAAUUGGAGGAGUCUGUGUACUUGGACCCAUUAGCCCGUGUUACUCCAGACAAGAAGAAUGUGAACGAACUAGUGUUCACCAACAAGAGCAUACAAAAGGACGCCAGUUUUGUCUCCAACAAGGAGACCAGUGAUUUGAUCAAGAGUUUGACUGAGCAGACUGUCUCUACAGCUGGUAGUGGUGUUGGUGUCGACGUUGAGUUAAUCCAGGCUGUCAAUGCCGACAACGAGACCUUUGUGGAGCGCAACUUCACCGCUGCGGAGAUCGCGUACUGUAAGAAGCAACCGUGCGUUCAAAGUUCGUUUGCUGGUACCUGGUCUGCCAAGGAGGCUGUCUUCAAAUCUCUUGGCGUUAAAUCGCAAGGUUCUGGAGCAUCCCUGAAGGACAUUGAAAUUGUCCGUGUCAACGGUAAUGCCCCUGUAGUGAAGCUUGCUGGGGCUGCUGAAAAGUCAGCCAAAGCUGCCGGUGUGAAAUCUGUCAGUGUCUCUAUCGCGCACGAUGAUUUCCAGUCUGUUGCUGUAGCAAUUUCCAACAAAUGA